CACACUUCCAGAGUCAUGGAUAUAUCUACCCUCCAAUCUAGUAACAAAGACAACACAGAAAAGAGAAGGAAAUAUCAUCCAAGAAAAAUGUCGAGCUUCAAUGGCCAACCUCGUGUACCUGGCGAACCAACUGACACCGCCACCUCCGUCCUUGAGACCGUUAAAUCUACUGUCCAAGGUUUCGGUCCCAUCAACAAAAUCCACCAACACCUUUGCGCGUUUCAUUUUUACUCACACGACAUGACACGGCAAGUGGAGGCACACCACUACUGCGGGCACCAAAAUGAGGAAAUGAGGCAGUGUCUUAUCUACGACAGCCCCGAAAAGAAUGCGAGGCUUAUAGGGCUUGAGUACGUCAUCUCUGAGAAUCUCUUCUUGACUCUUCCUGACGAGGAGAAGCGUCUCUGGCACUCUCAUUUCUAUGAGGUCAAGAGUGGUUUCUUCUUCAUGCCAAAUGUGCCUUCUCCCAUUGAACACAAAGACAUGGAGAAAGUUUGCAAGACUUAUGGUAAAGUCUUUCAUUUCUGGCAAGUCGAUAGAGGUGAUCAACUUCCACUUGGGAUACCUCAACUCAUGAUGGCUCUCACUAGAGAUGGACAAGUCUAUGAUCAUCUUGUUCAAAGCUGUGCGGAGCGUAUGGGGAUAGACUUCGAGAAGGAGAGAAAGAGUAGGGAGUAUAUGACUGGACCAGCACAUGGGGUUCAUCCAUUGGCUAAUGGUGGAGGGAAAGGUCUUGAGACAAGACUUAGGGAGGUUGAGCUUAAGAGUGAUUCACCUACCCCUUAUGCUAUCAGAGCCUCUGUUUGAUUUGAACAUAGAACAUGUUGUGUAAUAAAUAAUAAUUCAUAGGGGUCAGACACCCUUAUGACAGAAUAAUAAGCUGAUAAUAUUGUUAUUAUCAUUUGAAUGACUGGAAUAAGUUAAAGCAAAUUGUCUAAACAUAAUGCUAUUACAAUUGAAUAUUUUGGGAGUUGGUUAAAUGAA